CGUGCACCCUUGCCUAAGGCAUGCACCGUGCACCGCACCACCGUCAUUAUGACCAAAUUACCGUUUCAUACGACACAACUUCAUUUUUACACGCACUCCCUUUCUAAGACACGUGCCGUGGCAUCAGGCUUGCACGCAUGAACGGUCUCAUCAAAAAUUUUGAUAACUGUGCGGUGAUGCUGCUCACGUGUUGUUCCGGUGCAGUGAAAUGAGGAUUGGUCAUUUUAUGCGCACGUAUCAACGCGAUUUACCGCUGCAAUUGUUGAUCAUGCCUGUCAUUGCGAUAAAUAAGUGAUUUGGAUGAAGAAAGCCGUUUGUGCUGGUCUACCGGACAUGCUCCUCGCUGUGCCAACUCGUUAUUUACACCACGCACCAGUGCAACCUUUGUUUACGGGGCCUUGUACCAGAGCGCCGUGUUAUUCGCUUGCCAUCGCAUUUAUCACCGUUUUGUUUACGAUCAUCCACGGUGAUGCACAAUUAAUUUGCUCCGCUUUCUUUUAGCCUGUUUUACACCAAUGCAUAGACCAAUAAGCUUAUUCUUGCAUGCCAAACCUUAACCUUAUCUAUUUAUGCAGGUGGUAUUCUCCUGAUCCGCCCAUCAACCGCGGUAUUUGUAUUCCACUAAAAUUUUACCCUACCUAAAAAUGGAUCAGCUGACACAACUCGCAUCAAACUUCCCCGUGCUGCGCAAGCUCCAGCAAAAGACCAACAACAAAGUAAAACAGGAGCACAUUCUGCUCAUCGUCAUUGCGCUGUCCAUCAUCACCAUAGUAUUCCUGCCGGUGGCAUCGCUGGUAAGCAACGUGCUGUGCGUCGUUAUACCGUUCCAGCGCACUGUGCGCCUGCUCAUCGCCAACAAGCCGCCCACGCUUGAUCUCGUCGUGUUUUGGAUGACGUUCGGUCUUCUGUGCGUUGUGGACAGUGCGCUGAUUGUUACGCGCAUUGUUCCGUUCUACUACAUUUUUAAGAUGGUGGCGAUGAAUGCCAUUGUUUUGGAUGGCAGGGUUAGCCGGUUCCUUGUGGAUGGCUACAAAAGGAUGGGCUUUUUGGUUGAGGAGGACGUUGGGAAGAGAGCGAAGGAAGCGGUGGAGGUGCUGAAGGAGAAGAGCAAGCACCUUAAGGGAGAGCUGGAUGAGAUGAAGGACAAGUAAAGAGGG